AUGAGUGUGCCACGAGCUAGGUUAUUGGACUUGAUGAAGGCGCAAUGCCAAGUCUUCGCCACGACAUAUAACCCCGACGGCGUGCGCAUGGGCAACAAAGUCUUGCGCCAGCGAUUAAAAGGCCCGGCCGUUGCGGCAUACUACCCGAGAAAAGUCGCUACGAUUAAGGAUGUGAAACGGGAGUUUGGACCAGUUCUAGCAACGUGGGAUGAUGCCGAAGAAGAUCGAUUCGAAUACAUUGAAGAGUUGAAGCAACGCGGAAAGAGCGCGCCGAAGAAGAAAAACGGCCCCCCAACCGAGAAACCAGGCAGGAGACGAUAA